CGGUCACACUGGGUGACACGACGACAGCGGGCUCAUUCCACAAGUCGGAUUUGUUUUUUCGAAAUUUUCGUUGUUUUCUUCUGCAAGACCAUGACCAACGCCAUCGAUGAACUGCAGGCCAUCAUCGCCGAGCUGAAGACGGAGGUGGAGGAGCAGCGGGCCGUCAUCCGGCAAAGCCGAGACCGCAUCGAACACAUGUCCGCCGAGGUGGUAGACUCGAAUCCCUACAGCCGACUAAUGGCCCUCCAGCGCAUGAACAUUGUCAAGAACUAUGAGCGCAUACGGGACAAGACGGUGGCCAUUGUGGGCGUGGGCGGUGUGGGCAGCGUCACGGCCGAUAUGCUUACGCGUUGCGGCAUUGGAAAGCUGAUCCUGUUUGACUACGACAAGGUGGAGCUGGCCAACAUGAAUCGGCUGUUCUUCACGCCCGACCAGGCGGGUCUGUCCAAGGUGGAGGCCGCCGCCCGCACGCUGACCUUUAUCAAUCCCGAUGUCCGCAUCGAGACGCACAACUACAACAUCACCACCAUUGAUAACUUCGAUAACUUUCUCAACACGAUAACGGGCGAUGGUACUGUGGCUGGCGAGCCCGUGGAUCUGGUCCUGAGCUGUGUGGACAACUUCGAGGCCCGCAUGGCCAUCAAUGCAGCCUGCAAUGAGAAGUGCCUCAACUGGUUCGAGUCAGGCGUGUCGGAGAACGCCGUCUCCGGCCAUAUACAGUUUCUACGUCCCGGGGACACUGCCUGUUUCGCCUGCGCCCCGCCCCUGGUGGUGGCCGAGAACAUUGACGAGAAGACCCUGAAGCGGGAGGGCGUGUGUGCCGCCUCGUUGCCCACCACAAUGGGCAUCACAGCGGGAUUCCUGGUGCAGAACGCCCUCAAGUAUUUGCUGAACUUUGGCGAAGUCUCCGAUUAUCUGGGCUACAAUGCACUGAAUGAUUUCUUUCCCAAAAUGACGCUGAAACCGAAUCCCCAGUGCGAUGAUCGAAACUGUCUGUUGCGACAGAAGGAGUUCCAGGCGAGGCCAAAGCCCGUGGUCGUCCAGGAGGAGGCACCCACCGACGAACCUCUGCACGCUAGCAACGACUGGGGCAUUGAACUGGUGGCGGAAGAUGCCCCUUCCAAUGCUCCUACCGAUCUGUCCCAGAGCACCGAUGUGGGUCAGGGACUGCGUCUGGCCUAUGAGGCACCGGAAAAAUCCAGCGCGGAGGCAACGCAGGCGGCCACGGCGCCGGUGGAUGACACCAGCCUGGAGGAUUUGAUGGCGCAAAUGAAGUCGAUGUAAAACAAUUCCACUGUUAGACGCAUACUCUGUAUUUUUAGAUAUUUUUUUAACAAUUAUUUUUGUACACAA